AUGACUGCCAUCGAGAGACCGGCCAAGAGCAUCAUCAGGCGCUUCUACGACAAGACGCUUCCGGAUCCACAGCGCGUCACGUUUCGCAACGCUGCCAUCGGCCUAUCCGAGACGCCGGAUGACGAGGUCCGCGUGGAGGAUGAUGGACCACCGCCGUCUAAGAAACGGUCGCCGUCAAAAUCCCGGUCGCCAGUGAAGAAGGUCUCCCCAGACCGCUGGGGUGUGCUAGUCAGAGAGAAGGAUCUCACCGAGACGAACUGCUUUGUUGGUCCAGUGGAGAAGUCAAGCGCGCUCCACUCGAGGUUAAGGGGCAGUACCACGCCUAGACCGAAGCCGGACAAUACGGCGUCAUCCGCUAACCCGCCCCGCACUGGCUCCCCGGGCCCGGCCGUCAAAGGGGACACGGUUGUCGCCAUGGUUCUGUGCCAGACAUACCACUACAUGAUACAUUCUGGGCUGCUGUGCAGCUGCGUCGCCUCUGGUGGUGCUCUGAUAUUCCUGCACGUCUCCACCGAGGAACCCGAGGUCCUGUUCUACUUUCCGGUCCUGUUUCACCAGGACCAGGGACGGCCACGACAAUCAGACCAAACGGCGGUCGCGUAA